AUGGAUUGUUCAUCAUACAUCAACACUUCCUUGGAUCUCAACAUUACUCCUUAUACAGUUCAACAAAUACUUCCAAAAAAAGACCUGGAAAACAACUUUUUCUCCUUGGGGAUCACCAGCUUUUCUCUCAAAGAUGAGUCCAUUGAUGAACUGGAAGAGGAACUGAAAAGGGUGACAGCAGAAAACAAGAAAUUGGUGGAAAUGCUCUCGGUUGUUUGCGAAAACUACAACGCUUUGAGAACCCAUUUGAUGGAAUAUAUGAGUAGAAAUCCUGAGAAGGAACUUAGCACAACAUCCAAGAAAAGAAAAUCCGAAAGCAGCAAUAAUAACAGUAAUUUGAUUGGAGUUAACAAUGGAAACUCUGAAACUAGUUCUACCGAUGAAGAAUCGUGUAAGAAACCAAGGGAGGAAGAAAUUAUUAAACCCAAAAUUUCAAGAGCUUGUGUUAGGACUGAUGCAUCCGAUACCGGACUUAUUAUGAAGGAUGGAUACCAUUGGAGGAAAUAUGGACAAAAAGUGACUAGAGAUAACCCUUGUCCGAGAGCUUAUUUCAAAUGCUCUUUUGCUCCAAGCUGUCCUGUCAAAAAGAAGGUGCAAAGAAGUGUGGAUGAUCAAUCUAUGCUUGUUGCUACAUACGAAGGGGAGCACAACCAUCCUCAACCAGCUCCAUUGGAAUCAACGUCCGGUUCCGGCCGUAGCGCGAGCCUUAGUUCGAUACCUUGUUCAGCGUCUCCAAGCUCAACAGCGCCAAAAGUUGUUACACUUGACUUAACAAAUUCCAAGAGCAAUAAAGAUUCCAAGAACAAUUUUGAACCAAGGAAAGAUUCACCAAAGGUACCAAAGAAUUUGGUGGAACAAAUGGCUACUUCUUUGACAACUGAUCCAAAUUUUAGAGCAGCACUUGUUGCAGCCAUAUCAGGAAGAUUGAUGCACAACAAUUAA